CUGCACAUGGGCAGAGUCAAAAACAGAAGUGCAAUCAAGACCACCGGAACACGGGCCUUGAAAGCCAAAAACCCUUCUUCCCCCACCCCCGUGCCGUGAGUGAGUCCCUGAAAGAACUCGGCCGAGCCAAAACACCAGUCGAGAGAAACCCUGUCCACCAUACCUCCAUUAUUCUUGGACGAGCAGGGGAAUCAAGCACAAUGCCGUCCGCCAGAGCCGUCGCCCUGCCCCCCUGCACCAUACUGCUGCUCCUCCUGCUCGUCCCCUGUGCCGAGGGACAACCGCCGGAGGCGACGCCGCCGAGGGGUUUGGCGAUCGAGCAGAUCCUGUCCAAGAACGGGUGCGGCGCCUUCGCCGGCCUCGUCGCCGCCACGGCCGGCGUGAGCCAGGUGCUCCGCGAGCAGAGCGAGGCGGGGCUCACGGUCUUCUGCCCGGGCGACGACGCGGUGGCGGCGUUCCUCCCGCGGUUCCGCAACCUCACCGCCGGCGGCCAGGCCUCGCUUCUUCUGUACCACGGAGUGGCGGCGCGCUCCUCCGAGGUGGAGCUCAAUUUGUACGAAAGCCUCGGGGAAAUCGCGGUGCGGACGCUCGAUAGGGGGCGCUGGGGCGACGGCAUGCUCACCAUCUGCAGCUGCGAAGGCACCAUGAGGCUCUCUUCGUCGCCGUCGUCGUUCGGAACGCCGGACGAGGCCAGGGUCACCAACACGGUCGUCUACAACAACCGCCUCACGCUCCACCUCAUCGACGCCGUGCUGGUUCCGGGAGCGCCGGCGGUGUUCGACUACUCGGAGAGCUUAGUGACCGCUUGCUUCAUACUCGGGCUCGUCACGUUAGUCUUGGGGUCGUGUGCACUUCGUGCCAUUUGUUCGUGACCGCUUGCGUGCCUCUCCUCCCCUCCAUCGUCGUUCCCUCGCAUUUCUGAUUCAGGUGCAAGCUUUCACGGUCGGAUCUGCGUCCUUGAUUCACGCAAUGCUGUUCAGCAGAGCGGGCAAAGGGCACGUUCAGUUCAUGUAUCCCAUGGUCGUCAUUUUGCACGGUGUAGGUCUGUGACUUCUAAAACUAGCAUCUCCUGUGCUUGCGUGUUCCCUAAAUAAUUGUAAUUGGACGAGCAAGUUUUUCUGUGUGUUAGUGUAGCUUUUUCUAUCUGCAUCCUUCUAUACCUAAAUAAUUGUAGUUGGACUCUAUGUGUAUUAGUGUAGCUUUUUCUAUCUGUAUUAGUGUUCAGUUGAUUACUUUUGGAAUUAGACUUCAUGUGAUGCAAGAAAAUGUUAUUGGCCAUGAAUUCUUCUGUA